UUUCCAAUUCUCUAUCAAGGUCACAAACCAUUCGUCUAGAGUUGUGCGUCGAGAUCAGGCUGGCUGUUUUGUUAGUUGUGUCCGUCGCAGUUUCAGGGGUUUCUUCUUUGAUCGAAAAAGACGAUCUCCGUUUCUCCUGAAGAAAAGUUAACAAAAGUUAAGCUCUAAUUUGAUUUCGAAUCAAAGAUGGCGCAGUGUCAAACAUGGUAAGAGCAAAGCAGCAACAACGCCUCUAAUGGUCGUCUCUGUUUUCCGAGUGCGUGGUGGUGCCUUCAGCUCGUCUUCUCUCCACUAGUUUUUCGGUGACGGUAGCUCUAGAAUUUUCCCGAAAAAAUCGAGAACGAGAACUUUGGAUACGAUACAAACAGACACAGUUUAAGCAGCUCUUGCAUAAUGUGUGAUCGUGACGGAGGCCACAACCUUGCAGCAAACAUGACCUCGUGACGGACAUGAUUGGGUCAUUAUUACGUGCCAUCGAUCGUGGCCUUAACAAGAAGCAUCCCUAGUAACAAACGAUUGGAAACACAGUGAAUUAUGGACAAAAUGAGCGAGACAUUACCAAGUUCGAGCAGGGAGAUGCGGAAUAGGGCGGAAAAGCAGAGACGAGACAAGCUCAAUGCCUACAUCUCGGAGCUUUAUAGUCUGGUGCCAUCAGCAGCCGCCGCCCCCAGGAAGCUGGACAAGACUAGCACGCUUCGUCUCUCGGCCAAUUUCCUACGAAUCCACCAGAAUGUGGAUUUACGGAUGAAACCGUACAACCGAUGGAAUGCGAUAGCCGGCCACACAAUCUUAGAGAAAUUGGACUCCUUUUUGCUUGUCGUCUCGUGCUGCUCUGGCAAGAUCAUCUACGUAACGGAUCGAGUGGAGAAAUUGCUCGGGCAUGCGCAGGUUGAUAUGAUGGGCUACCAGUUAUCCUGUUUUGUCCACCAGGCAGAUCAAGAUGCAAUCGAAAAACGGCUCAGUGCUUUCGCUACGCAAGUGGCUGCUAAUCCAGAUGCUACAGAUUCUGCCGAUGGACAAGUCUAUUCAUUUGAAUGUCGCCUAGCCGGACGCCAACUCAGUCGGGGCGAACCGACCGUCUAUGAACGUGUCAGCGUCUCAGGGACUUUCCGAGGCCCUCGGAGGAGACGUGACUGGGCUGAUCUCAAAAGCAGUGAUAGAUCUGUGGCAACUGUUCAACAACACAACGACUACAGCGAGCCGCUUUUUAUCGGCUUGGUGCGCAUUCUACAAACAGCCAACACUUUACCUCCACUGACGAUCAUGCAAGCUGUACAGGACGAGUAUGUCACUCAACACACAACCACUGGCACCAUCAUGCAAACAGACCAUCGCAUCGCCAUCAUUGCCGGAUACCUUACCGGCGAGGUGACGGGCAUGUCCGCCUACGAUUAUGUUUACAAGGAAGAUUUAGAGUACACUCUCAAAGCUCAAAGUCUGAUGUUGAGUCGAAGUGAAGGAAUGGUGACUUACCGUCUGAGAACGAGUACGGGUCGUUUGAUUUUUCUACGAUCAAGAGGCUUCAUCCAGUACGAUGAAAACACCAAGGAGAUUAUCAGCUUCUUCUGCAUCAACUCACUUAUCGACGAAGAGCAAGGAAUGAAGGAAAUGCUGGAAAUGCGGGCCAUGUUAGACAAACUUAACAUUGGAACUGUUACGCCAGCGAUAGCGUCAUCGCCAACCAGCACGAUUGAACCGGUUGGAGCAACUUCUACUCAAGAGCCACUUUCUCGUUGUGUUCGGGCUUCAGUGGGGAAACCACCGCCUUCUUUUUCUUCUAAUGGCUGCCACCUUGCGAAUGGGUCUAGGGCCUCGGGCCUGCCUAGACCCAGUAUUAUGCCCAACGGACAUAACAGUUUAUGCAUUUCACCCUCCUCUGAACUUCAGUACUCCCCUUCAGGAUCGUCUUCAUCUUCUUUCAGUGAAGAACGUUGCCAAUCUUCUACACCGCAUUCGCUCGUGUCAUCUCCCAUGGAAAUUCCUAAUUUAGUUGCUGUUUCCUACCCAUUUGCACCCGUACCUUUCCCAUGGCGACCAUCGACUGACUGUUCUCCGAUCACCACGACAUCUAACGGUCACGUUAACGCUAGAGAAGUUAGCAAAUCCCCCGAUGUCGAUCAGAGCGAUCCCCUUGGUGAACCAGGAUCGCUGGCUCUUGCGCUAGAUCAUCAGUGGGAAACGGCUCCCAAUAGUCAGAGCAUGAUCGUUCAGCACAAUGGGCCACAAAGUCAUCAGCAGUCCUUGGUAGCCGUUAGUCCCCUUCAAGCUCAUUUACUUCAGUCAUCGCCAAACGAUAACACAGAACCGAUUCGGCCUACGCUGAAGUCGCCGCCGUUAUCCACCAGCUGUGCUGUUCGAUCUCCCUACCAACAUCAGGAAGAUGCUCUGAAAAUCUCGAUUCCCGAUCGUUGUCCGACGAAUGAACUGAGCCGAAACAACUGUCUCAACGGCUACAUCAUUUGGCCUCAAAAGAUGUCGCCCAAAAAUCGAAAGGAGAAUCUAAUAUUGUCGUACUUGGACGUCGACAAGCAUGCCUACAAACAGCCUGAGAUUGCCGGAACUGACCAGCACUACUUUCAUGGUGAUUUAAAAGUUAAUGCUGGAACCAACAGUGCAUAGCUUUAGCCGUGACGGUUUUGCUAGAGCCGCAACCGGUGUACGACAUUUGGAAGAUUCAGUGACUGACGGUAUGAUGUCAACGAAAGUCUUGAUGACUUGAUGUCUUCUAAUCAGCUGUUUUAUUCAUACGUAUCACUUUGUCCGAGGGAGAAAUCGUGUUCAUUCAUUCGUUUAAAAAGAGGGAAACAAAUCUUUUUUUUUCCUUUCUUUCAAACAGCUAUGUCGGCCGUUAUUCUGAUGCAAAUGUCCAGUUUAAACAGAGUCGAUAGGGCUUGGAUGGUGUCACAGAAUGCGCGGUAUUCUUUAUUUUAAACCAUUACUCUGGUGUUCCUCUCAUCGACAUCUCCCGAUUUCCACUCAUCCUGUUGAUUUAAUUUGCUGCGUUGAUCUCGGGUUUAGUUAAAUCGCACGUUGCGGCGUUGGCUGGGGCGGGGGAGAGGGUGUUGAUGAUGGCACGUUAUAAGGGGUGGUGCUAUCGUACCUUUGAUUUCAUCUCUCGCAAUCGCUCAUUUUUUUUUAUCGGUUUAGUUUGAUUUCGUCAUUUUUUUUUCUUGAUUUCCUUGUCACUAAGAAAUUUGCAUGCAGACUUGGAAUGUUAGAGGAAAAAAAACAUUUUUUUGGUUUUUCUUUGUUUGUAGGGUCAAUGUUAUGCUGAGUUUGAAUUCCGAUUCAAACUUAUAUUUCCCCUCUCCGCUGCCAGAAUCUAUUUCCUCUUCGUCCCUCUAGGCCUACUUGUCCGUGCAGACCAACUUUGCGGCUCGACAUCUGGUUUAAGUGCAAAUAUCGUAUUUGUUUCGAUUUAGAAAAAAAUUCGGAUUUUAAAAACCUUCAUUGUGUGUUCAUAAACCCUAAAUUCCCAUCGUUUUGCUCAAGCAGAAUCACUGCUACGGGAAAAUUCAAUGGUUAACUAUUAGUAACAAUUUUUGGGAAGUAACCUAUAUUAGCUGUAUCGAAAAUUGAAUUUAUUAUAUCAUACCAGUUCUACCAAAACCGAAAAUGUGCACAUGCGCAGUGAGACGUCUAUUGCUCAACGCACUGCGAGCCAUAUAAAAUUCAAGUUCAAUUUGCUGGUAUAGACACAAAAAAAAAACGAUAAUAAAAUCAUGAAAAAAAUGGUACGUGAAGCUGUGUCGCUCAUAAUCUUAGGAUGGUGGUGUUAGACCAACAAGUAUUUCAUUUCUCUCCGAUUGCGAGGCUUAAAAAAAAAAAAUUCGUUUUUCUUUUCUUUUUCUCUUUUUUUAAAAAGACCGUUCCGGUGUGUUCGUGUUUCAGUCUUGACACCUUCGUUGUCAUUAGAUAGUCCAGUUGUGUCAGUUACUGUUAUUUGUUCUUUUUUUUACGGAAUUCGUAAACUAAAUUACGUGGCAGUUGCCAAUUUUAUUUUUAUUUUACCUUUUUUUUGUGUUCGGGGAUGGGGAGAGGAAUUUAAUGCUGUCACAUCAGUACACGUUGCAGCAAUGGUCUACGAUGGGAUUAGUUAAAAAGACACAUGAGAAAACGCACGGGAGAAGCUUUUUUAACUGGAGAAAAACGGUAGAAACGUCACCCACCAUUUGUCGUCAAAAGCAUUAUUCUAUAUUAUAUGUACGGGUGUAUAUUCCCACAAGUGUACACUCUUGUGUGAUUCUUUUUGUUCACUUUUCUCACGAUUGUGUUGUUAUUGCCCCCGUGAAAGAAUAAAGUUUUGUUAUCUUUUUCCUCGUUAUACCCUGAUUUUCAAUUGAGAACAAAUUCGCGUUGUGGUGUUAUGCAUUUACGUUUACGCGAAGUCAAGGACGAAUGUACUAAAGUUAGUUCCCUUCAAGAUGACCGCCUGAAUCAACGGCAACGUCAUUAAAAUAGAAGUAUAACUGCAGUUAAUUUCGCGUUUAUUUGAUUUCCGCACCACAACCCAAACUAACCAAACUUUGAUCUGCAAAAAAACAAACCUUUCAUUCCUAACAAAGAGUAGGAAGGACUGCCCCAGCAUGUCGUACAAAAUGUCACGGAAGGCAAUUAAAAACCUCCCGAGCGUGAGAUGCUCGACCAGAAAAAAAAAAUCAAAGUUUAAUAAAAAUAAA